GUGGGACCGGCGGGGGGGGGCCCCGGCGGCGCCCUCGGGCUCGAGCAGCGCACGGAUGACCUGGGCGCCCCGAGCCACGGCGGGCUCUGCCGGACUCUCUGCAGACAGCGAUCACUGUUUCGCCCUCCGCGAAGCGAUUCUCGGUCUGCAGCCCGCCCUCCGCGCAGGGGCUGGAGGCAGAAACGCUCGGGGACUGGCAGGAUGACAGGAUAAGGCGGACAAGGAGGAAGAGGCGAGGAGGAGGAGGAGAGGAGGUAACGGCCCGCCGCGGGGGGGGGGGGAUGGCCAGGCCUACCCCGAGAGCCAGCGGCCGCCCGCACGGCCGGGGUCCUGUCCAGCGCCCGCCAAGGCCUGCCUGGCUAGAGCACGGGCUCGCGCGAGGCAGGGCGCUCGGAAGCGCUCAUCAGCAGCCCGGCCACGCAAACGGCACGCACUGCCGCCGUCCCCCCGAGGAGGAAGAGAAGGAGGGAAAAGGGGAGGAGAAAGAGGAGGAGGAGGAGGAGGAGGAAGGAGGAGGAGGCUCCAGAAUGCUGGCCUGGCACGGAUGGCGGGACUUGCCGCAGGCAGCUGAAGAUGGAGCGUCUUCACGCCUCUUGCCGCUGGCAAGGGUGCUCAGACGGCUCGACAUGCUCUAAGAGGCUUCGAUGCACCUCGUGAUGGCUCGCACACAUCCAAGGAGGACCCAGAGCGGCUCUGGUGUGGCGUGGGGGACAAGGCGACAAGAUAGAUACACCAGAUAACAUUCAGGGCGACCCUGCCUCUGCUCGAU